AAAAAAAAAGGUUCGCUUUUACGCUUUUUUAAUAAAAGGAGUUAAAUCUGUUUCUAAUCAAAUUGCGUUGUAGUUGUUUUGAACCUUUUGGUUCAGCUGUACGGCGCAGCAAAAAUUCAAGCCGUUAUCAAUCCUCUUCUUUCCCUCUUCAUAAACAUCAAUAUCAAAAAUUAAAUUCAAAUUCUUCACCUUCACCUUCACCACCACUUUCUCCAUCCAUAAAUCAUCAAUUUGUUCCUGAUAUAAUGUCUUUUACAACAAUUCCAUUUGAAAUAUUAAUAGAAAUAUGUGAUUAUUUACAUCCAUCAGAUUUAUAUAAUCUUACAAUGGUAUGUAAACGUUAUAGAUCAUUAUUAUGGGAUAAAACUAGUACCACAACACAAUUAAUUUGGAAAAGUUCAAGGAAAAAAUUUAUUCUUAAUUUAAACGUUGAUCCACCAGAAAAAAUGAGUGAACAAGAAUUUAUUUGGUUAAUGUUAUUAUCGAAUAAAUGUAUGUUUUGUGAUCAAACGGAUAAAUUUGAAUUAACAAUGCAUUGGGAAUUUAGAAUGUAUUGUUGUUUCAAAUGUUUGAACGAAAGAACUAUUUGUAAAUUAACAUUGUUACAUAAAUAUAAUUUUCCUGAAGAAUUGUUUGCUUGUUUAUCACAAUUACAAAAAAAUCCUAAUCCAAGAGAUCCACCAUUAUAUUUAAUGAAAGAUGUUGAAAAUUUAUUAAAACAAUAUAAUUAUGAAAAGGAUAAGAAAACUUGGAUUAAAGAACGACAAGAUAAAAUCAUUAAAUUAAAUAUAGAAAAUGAACAAUAUAAUACUUUACAUGAUCAAGUUAGAUAUGAUCAUACCGAAAGAUUAGAAAGGUUAUUAAGAAAAUUACAUGAUUUUUAUUCUAAUAAUAGAGUAUAUUAAGAAUAUGAAGAGAAAGAUUAGGGCGAGGUGAAGAAAUUAAAAUAGAUUAAUUAUUAGAUUAUUUUAAUUAUUUACCGUAAUUUUUUUUUUUAUCGAUGAAAAUAAUUUUUGAUUUUUUUAAUUCAUUUUUUAUUUUAUUUUCUUUUUCUUUUUUAUA